AAUACGGAGACCGAUUCUUUAGAUUCAUGAAAGCUGUCAUGCGUGGAGGCGAAGGUGGGGCGCGGUUCAAGGCUGAGUGAUGCUCUUUGUGUAACGGCUGAAUCCCGCAUGAAGCGAUGAAUGUACUGCCCCGUUGUGGUUACGCACUCAGUGGAAUAGAAGGCAAACUGUUACACCAAUUCAUCGUCACAUCAUCGCACUACGCAUUAUCCUCCGAACUCAUUUUCCUGCUUCUGCUGUUGCUUCAUCUGGGGAAUCUGUGGACAUUUGCGAUGCAUUGGAGAUUGUACGGUUUUUUUCUGUUUCUGAUCUCUCUCCCAUUUUUUGCUCAGCACGUUUUACUAUUGUUUCGACCUCCAUCCACAAUUUCUCAUAUUCUUCUCCUCGUACCCUUUUUAUUUUCCGCAUGCUUUCCAUCAUUCCACGACCCUUGCAUCCCAUCCCACUGCAUAUUUCAUUUUUAAAUUUGUGCAUAUUAAUGUCUUCUUUCCCCGCAACUUUUCUUAUUUCUUGAAUCCUUCAUUCAUUUCU